AUGGCUUCCGAAGGUACUUCAUGGGGUGCGGAGGAUAUUGGGGCGCAGGGUGAUCAAGUUCAGCAUAGUGAGGAACAAGUUGAUAACUAUGCUCAUGACUCUCUUGCCUCUGGUGAUGCUGAUGCAGCGGAUAAUGGUACAGAAGAUGACGGCGGAGAAUAUGACCCAGAGUCGGUCACCAUUGGUACACCUGCCAUGGUUCCCGAGCCAGCUUCUUCUGGCACUCAACGUCAGACAUCAAAGCCCAAGAUGUCCGGUGGCUUCAUAGUUGAGGCUUCCGAUGACGAGGAUGAAGAUGAGGACGAGGACGAGGACGAAGAUGAAGAUGAGCAGCCUGCCAGUGCCGUUCCCCAAACCGAUGCAGUCUCUACCCAAAACCACCCUGGCCCUUCCACUACGUCUGAUGAACACGUUCCUGCAGCUCCAACUCAUGCUCCUGUCCCUCCUGCUGUUCCUUCCAAUGUGACACCGGUUCUUCCUGGUUUCGGCCCUGUUGAUCUCCUCGAAUUUCGUGUCAAGGAGGACCCUCGUGGCGAUAUGGAUGCUUGGCAAGAGUUGAUUGCCUCUCACAGAGACUUCAGCCCACUGGAAAAGGCUCGAAGUACUUAUAACCGCUUCGUAGAGAUCUUCCCACAAGCUGCUGAUAAAUGGGUUGAAUGGAUUGAACUGGAGCUGAAAUAUAACAAUUUUGUCGAAGUCGAGCAGCUGUUUGGAAGAUGUCUCAUGCAGGUUCCCAACGUGAAGCUGUGGACAGUCUAUCUAGACUAUAUUCGUCGUCGCAACGACUUGAACAAUGACCCGUCUGGCCAGGCUCGCCGUACCGUUACUCAGUCCUACGAAUUUGUGAUUGACAACAUUGGCGUGGACCGAGAUUCUGGUAAUAUCUGGCAGCAGUAUGUCCAGUUCGUCAAGAAUGGGCCGGGUCAAAUUGACGGGACAGAUUGGCAAGACCGACAAAAGAUGGAUCAGUUGCGCGGGAUAUACCGACGCGCUGUCGCCGUUCCCAUGUCGACCGUCAAUAACCUCUGGAAGGAGUAUGAUCAAUUCGAAAUGGGAUUGAACAAGAUGACUGGUCGCAAAUUCAUUCAGGAACGUUCGCCAGUCUACAUGUCAGCCAAGAGCGCCAACAUUGCCCUAGACAAUAUCACCCGGCAUCUUGACCGCACAAACCUUCCAAGGCUCCCACCUGCUCCAGGUUUCAACGGCGACCAGGAGUUCAGAGAUCAAGUUGAAAUGUGGAAGAAAUGGAUUGCCUGGGAAAAGGAAGAUCCGCUUGUUCUGAAGUCUGAUGAGCCCAAGGCAUACAACCAGCGAGUUCUCCAUGUCUACAAGCAAGCAUUGAUGGCACUUCGAUUUUGGCCUGAAAUCUGGGUCGAUGCAGCGGAAUGGUGUUUCCAAAAUGAUAUCCGUGAAAACGACAAAGAGAUGGGCACGGAACUGCUAGUGGAGGGUAUCAAGGCAAACCGCGAGAGUGUGUUGCUUGCAUUGAAGCACGCGGACCAUAUCGAGGUUAACUAUCCAGACAAGGAGGUCGACAAGGCGGAGUUUGCGCAAGCUGUUCGCAAGCCUUACGAUGACGUGCUUGAAACUCUGUACGAGAUGGGCGACAAAGUCAAGGAGCGGGAAAAGCUGGAAAUCUCAACACUGAAGCAAGCGGCGGCACAAGAUCCAGUCCAAACAUCCAUUGAGGAAAACGAUGAUGAUGAAGACAACACACCUAAACGUUCACCCACGGAGGAGCGCAUCCUUGCCAUCCAGAAGGGAUAUGCUGCCGAAACACAACUUCUAUCCAGGACAAUCUCAUAUGUAUGGAUUGCUCUGGCACGAGCCAUGCGUCGCAUUCAAGGCAAAGGUAGUCAGGCAGAAGGUGGCUUGCGCAAAGUCUUCACCGAUGCUCGCCAAAAGGGACGACUCACGAGUGAUGUUUACGUCGCCGUGGCAUUACUCGAGUCCGUUGUCUACAAGGAUCCUGUAGGCGCCAAAAUCUUUGAAAGGGGUGCGCGUUUAUUCCCCAACGAUGAGAUGUUCAUGAUAGAAUACUUGAAGUAUCUCCACUCGAAGGAUGACACAACCAAUGCCCGUGUUGUUUUUGAGACCUGUAUCAACCGCCUGGUUUCGAAUCCAGACACCUUAGCAAAGGCCAAGCUGCUUUACGCUUAUUUCCAUAAAUAUGAAUCGCAGUAUGGCGAGUUGUCACAGAUUUCCAAGUUGGAGGACCGAAUGGCGGAGCUGUUCCCAGAGGAUCCUAAGCUCAAGUCGUUUGUAGACCGAUUCUCGACUGAGAAGUUUGAUCCGAUUGCUACCCCCAUCAUAAUCUCCAAGACAGCUCAGAUGCGACCAAAGCAGAUUGUCCCUGUGGUUCAACAUCAACAUCAGCAAUCCAUCUCGCUGCGAAACAGUCCCAUGCCAGUUCGGCAGGAACAAAACCCCCGUCCUCAGUAUGUUCGGGCAACUGCUUCACCUAAACGGCCUCUUGCUGUUGAUGAUGAAGAGCUCAACCCACCCAAGCGACUUGCCAGAGGCGCUUCACCGCUCAAGGGCGCUGCAGGACGCCGCCUUGACCAACAACGACGGAACCAGGCAUCGGCGUUACACAGAGACAUCACUUUCUUGCUCAACAUCCUACCGUCGUCGCAAAGCUAUGAUGCCCAACGUUUCAACUCUGCAGCCUUGGUAUCCAUUCUCCGAGAUACUGAAAUCCCUGACUUUGCUACACUGAAGGCUGCCGGUGGUGGCCAACCGCGCUUUGGCAAUCCCACCCAUACACGACAACCAUCGGGAGAGUUUGUCAAUCGACCACUGAGCCCAUACGGAAGGAUGUCAGCCGCAGCUGGUGGGUAUAGGAACUCGCCAUUGCGACCGGAGACGGGAAAUGCCUAUCAAUCAAACCCGUACCCUCCGCCUGAAGCAAGUGGCCAGCAACCCACAUGGCCACAAGCACCUGGCGGAUACGGUGCGCCAGCGCCUGGACAAUUCGGAGGGUAUCGAUACUGA